AUGACGACGCUCACUCCUAGGCCGCCCUACAGCGACAAAGAGCUCGCCCAGCUCUAUCCCAACAACCUCGAACUCCAACAAGUCCAGAUCUUGCUUCGCCAUGGCGAGCGAACGCCUGUCGGUCCUCGUUUUAAGAAUGCCGGCUUGCAUGGAACUUGGCCGUAUUGCAAAGCCGCCAACGAACUGAAGGCUACAAUCGUCGCCGCAAACGGUUCAUGGGAUCACUUGGCGUGGAAGAGGAGAUUGGAGACAUUGGGCACUGGUGAUGCGCCAAAGCUGGCUGCGGGGCCACGUGGAGAGAUUGAUGCCAUCUGCCAGCCAGGCGAGUUGACUGACAGAGGAAGAGAGACCACAUCGGCACUUGGACAGCGAAUACGGACGCUCUAUGUCAACCAGCUGGGCUUCCUCCCAUCUUCACUCGACGACAGCUCGAGGGCCUACGUUAGCCUGCGUGCCACUCCUAUCCAGAGAGCAUUGGAGAGCGUUCAGCAGACCUUCACCGGCCUCUAUCCCGCGGCCUCUCGAGCUCCCGGGUUGGAACCUCCUGCCGUUGUUCAACGAUCCAUGCAGGACGAGACCUUGUUUCCAAACGAAGGCAGCUGCAAGAGAUUCGCCGAGCUCUCACAUGCCUUUGCCGACCGAACCGCCAAGCUGUGGAAUGACUCGAUUGAGAUGAAGUAUAUUAAUAAGAAGAUAGGAAAGUGGAUGCCCAAGGACAGCCCUGUGGUCCAGGUCGACUCUCACCCAAGACUGUCUGGAGUCAUGGAUACCGUCAAUGCUACUUUGGCGCAUGGUCCAGAUACGAAGUUACCUGCAGAGUUCUACGACGACAAAGUGCGCAAGAACAUCGACAGGAUCACGACCGAAGAAUGGUUCAUCGGCUACCAAGAAUCCAACGAAUACCGAAAGCUCGGCAUCGGAAGCCUUGUGGGUGACUUGUCCCAGCGAAUGGUCGAACAUUCCAACGGCACACCUCGCGAAGGCGAGAAGGAACCAUUCAAGAUCAAGCUGUCCGGCUGCCAUGAUACCACCAUCGCAGCAACCCUAGCUGCUCUCGGCGGCUUCGAAGUCGACAAAGACCACUGGCCCAACUUCACUUCAUCAGUCGCCUUGGAGCUGUUCAAGACCAAGGACGCUGCGUCAUCUCCAUCACCUAGCGGCGCCGUAUGGCCAAGCAAAGAGAAGUCUUGGUGGUACUCCAUCUUCUCGUCUCCGAAGAGCAGCUCAUCUCCCGCCCGCGAACCACUCGUCACCAUGCCCGAAUCCGAGAAGAAGAAACUCGAAGGCCACUACGUUCGUAUCCGCUACAACGACCAGCCCGUCACACUCCCCUUCUGCAAACCUCAGGGCAAGCACCUCGAAGGUGACGAGAGCUUCUGCUCACUGGCUGCCUUCAAGGAGGCGGCAGACAUGAUUACGCCGAAGAACUGGAAGGCCGAGUGUAAGAGCAACUUGGGGACUUCGGCGUUCCCCGCGAAGAUCGAGCCGCCGCCUGGUGUAGCGCCGAAGAUCGAGCAGCAGUAG